UGAGUCACGUGUCCAGGUUGGUAAAUGUUUAGUUGUUUCUAUAUUUUUGACAAUGAUUCAUGGUCAGUGGUGGUCCCCCAUGUUCGAAGUGGUGUGGUAGUGUUAUUUAUGUUGUUCUUGAAAUUGCUGUUGCAAAGUGGUCCCAUGUUUGAAGUGUCGUAGUAGAUCGUAAUUGUUGUUGUGCUUUAUAUUGAUGUUGUAAUGUGGUCCCCCAUGUUUGUUUCUUGUGUUUUUUUUUCGUUUAAGUUAUGUUGUAGUUGGUCCCCCAUGUUUCCUUGUCCUGCUUCUAAUUUUAUAUAAUUUUUGUUGUCGUUGCCGUCUUAUUAUUUUAUAGGAUAUAUAGUGUUAUAGUGUAUAACAUGGAGGAUCAUUUCGAAGUUGUUUUCCACCAUGGAGGUCACUUUAUAAAGGAUGGGCCACUUAAGUAUGAGGGGGAAAGUACAACUCUGUCUUUUGACCUAGACGUGUGGAGUUACUUCAUUAUAGUCAGUGUAGUAAAAGGACUUGGUUAUGAUGGAUUUAAGGAGUUGUGGUAUUCUGUAGGGGGGGGGGUUCUGUGUUAGAUGAUAGGUUAGAGGCUUUGUCUGAUGAUAGAGGAGCCAUGCACAUGAUGAACUUAGCUAAGCUAAAUGGACAAGUUCAUUUAUUUGUUGUUCACACGGUGUCUGUACCUGAGAUCGUAAACUUGUUAGAAAAUGUUCCACAUAAUAUAGGUGAAGAAGAAGUCCAACCUGUGAUGCAUGAUAGUGGUGAUGGUGAGUGUGAACUUCCUGUUUCAGAAGAAAGAGCUGAGGGAGAUGAUGUUGUAGAAGGUGAAGUUGAAGCUGAAUGUGAUGUGGGUGAGUUUGAAGGAGAUGAUGUUGAUGUUCGUAGUUGGAGUUCUAGUGGUGAGGAUGCCAAUGUUGAUUGCAAUGUGGAAGUUCCUAGUAUGGAUGACCUAGUUGACUGUGAUAUCCAAGAAGAGGUAGGGCAUGGAGUUGGGAAUUGGAUUGGUGAAAUUGAAGUUGAUGUGCAAGAUGAUGGUCCAUCAUGUACUCGCAUUUCCNAUAGUGAUGUUGAGGAUGGUAUAAAUACAGAGAAAGAUANAGGUUUGUCUGAUGAUAAUUGGGAAUCAGAAGAAUUGCUUAGUGAAGGAGAAAGUGAUGGAGAAGAUGAUGAUGACCAAGGAAGUUAUGGAAAGUUUGUAACAUUUAGUAUGCCUAAAACAAUGGUGGAUUACAAGUGGGAUUUNGGCACUUAUUUUGCUAACAAGCAAGAUAUUCUGGAUGCCAUAANNACAUAUGCAGUAGAAAAUGGGAGAAAUUUAUCAUAUGUUAAAAAUGAUAAGAAGAGAAUUAGAGUGAAGUGUAUGGGUGGUAAAGGAAAGUGCCCCUGGAUGGCAUACUGUGCUUAUAUGAAUGUAGUACGAACGUGGCAAUUAAGGACUAUUGUUGACAACCACACUUGUAGUAGAGAGCACAAAGUCAAAUUAAUGAAUUCUUUGUGGCUAAGUAAGAGGUUGGAGAAAACCGUGAGAGAAAAUCCCAAAGUCAAGGUAGGGGAAAUUCGUGACAAGAUAAGUAGAAAGUGGAAUGUUGGUGUAUCUAGAUCCAUGGCUUUUAGAGCAAAGUCCAUUGCUUCAGACCAUGUAGAUGGGUCUUUCAAAGAACAAUAUAAAAGGAUCUAUGAUUAUGCUAAUGAGCUCUUACUUCGUAAUCCUGGAUCCACAGUGAAGGUGGAAGUGGAAGACAAUGUCGGUGGCCAUAUUUUCAAGAGGUUUUAUGUUUGUCUUAAGGCCUGCAAGGACAGUUUUGUGUCUUGCAGGCCAAUUAUAGGGCUAGACGGUGCUUUUUUAAAAGGUAAAUAUGGUGGUGAAUUGCUAACUGCUAUUGCAAGAGACGUAAAUGACCAGAUGCUACCUCUAGCAUAUGCCAUUGUCGAAGUAGAGAAUAAGGAAACAUGGAAAUGGUUUCUGGAACUUCUAGUUGAAGACAUUGGUGGGGAGACAACAUUCAUAUCAGAUCAACAAAAGGGAUUAAUGCAAGCUUUUGAAGAGAUCCUCCCUAGAGUUGAUCAACGGUUUUGUGUUAGGCACCUUUACGCAAAUUUCAGGAAAAAAUUCCCUGGAAAGCAGCUGAAGCGGAUGAUGUGGAAGGCAGCUACAGCAACUCAUCCACAAGCCUGGGAAACUGAAAUGACAAAAUUAAAGGAGGUGAACCUUGAAGCCUACAAAUACCUUAUGAAAAUUCCUCCCAGACACUGGUCACGAUCAAGGUUUACCACCACUGCUAAGUGUGAUACUUUGGUGAACAACAUGUCAGAGGCAUUCAACAGUGUAUUGCUCCAUACAAGGUCAAAGCCAAUCAUAACCAUGUUGGAGGAGAUCCGCCUUUACUUGAUGAACAAAUGGGCAACAAACCGAAUCAAGAGUCAAUCAAUGUUUGGGUCCAUUUGUCCUAAAAUCAAGAGUAGACGGAAUAAGGAGUCCCAACUAACAAAAUUUUGGAUUCCUAGCUGGUCAGGGCAAAAGUUGUUUGAAGUUCGUCAUGUUUCCCAAGCUGGGGACAAAUUUAUAGUUGAUAUAGACAAAUUAGAAUGCGCAUGCAGGAAAUGGGCUAUAUCGGGCAUUUCAUGUUGUCAUGCCUUGGCUUCUAUGAAGUUUCUGAAUUUAGAUGCAGAAGAAUUCAUCCCUGUUUGUUUUAGGAAAUCCACAUAUGAAGCAAUGUACUCUUCCAUUGUCUAUCCAAUUAAUGGUGAGCAUAUGUGGCAGAUUACCCCAUAUAAUGAAGUGCUCCCUCCUAAAAAAAGAACACUGCCAGGGAGGCCCAAGAAGAAAAGAAGAUUGCAUGAAUAGGAGUUAGUGAGGGACGAAACAAGAAUGAGAAAGGGUGGUAUACAAAAAAGAUGUGGCAUUUGUAAGGAGUUGGGUCACAACAGAACUUCAUGCCAGAAAUCAACCCAAGAUGGUGUAGUCAACCCUGACCAAACACAACAAAGCAACCAAUCAAAUGAAGAAAACAUAGCAUAAUCAAAUCAGCCUUAAGCAAGCAAGAUGUUUUUUGUAGUAGUUGUUUUUUGAACAUUGUAAUGAUGUAAAAAGAUUCUGAUGUUGAAUCUCUGUGAUGUUGAACCUUUGUACCUUGUAAUGAUGAAGAAAACAUACCAUCAUCUUUGCUUUUAUUUAAUGAAC